AGAUGCCUAAAUAUCUGUGAAACGUUCAUUUAAACGUGGUCCAUACAAUUACUUAAAAAUUAAGUUAACCAUUUCUCAAGUGAGUUUUGUUUCCGUUUGUCUUUUUCGCAGACUUGAGCAGCGCAGAUUUGAACAGCGUAGGCUAUUUGGCGGUCGAAUACCAGAUAAGUAGCCUCUUAUCUGCAGCCUCUUAUAGCGAUAACCUAAACUAAUUAAUGGAUCGUUUAAAGUUGGUUCUGCAAUAUUUCCAGUCAAAUUCUGAGUCCAUCUCCAAUGGUAUCUGUAUAAUAUUGUCACUGAUAAGCGUCAAGUUGUAUACAAGUUUUGAUUUCAACUGCCCCUGUUUACCGCAAUACAAUAAGAUGUACGCACUAGGGGUCAUGUUCGUCCCUCCAAUUAUAUUGUUCCUUUUGGGAGUGUUAGUUAAUCGUCAUACUGGGGUGCUGAUGGAAGAGUGGGUCAGACCCCUGGGCAAGAGGACAAAAAAUCCAGCAGUGGUAAAAUUUUUACUGUCAUCGAUGUUGCAACGUUCCUUUCUGGCCCCCAUGGUCUGGAUUCUGAUGACGCUCUUGGAUGGAAAAUGUUUCAUCUGUGCGUUUAGUAUGAAUGUAGACCCUAAAUAUUUUACAGGAAUACCAAACAGCACUGGCCUGGAAUUGAUCAAGAUCAUGGCUAAGGUGCCUUGCAAAGAGGAUGUCAUCUUCAAAAACAGCAGUUUUCGGAAAGCUGUCUCACGCUAUGUGCGUUGUUACUCUCAGGUGAAUGGCUGGGCGAUUCUAGG